GAGGAGCCAGCUGGAGGCUCAGCUGAAGCUGUUUGAGUUCUUCUAUGACUGUGAGGAGGUGGAGGCCUGGCUGUAUGAGCGCUGGUUGGGACUGCAGACAGCCGGACUUGGGAGAGACCUGACCCACAUCCAGCUAGCCCAACACCGACACAAGACACAAGGUACUGUCCACAUCCAGCUGGCCCAACACCGACACAAGGCGUUGGAGGCGGAGCUCCAGGCCCAGGAGUCCCUGUACCAGGGCGUUCUGGGCCGGGGUCAGGACCUGCUGUCCAAUCAGAGUCCUCCCAGUCAGCGAGCCAUCCAGAAGUGGAUCCGGACCCUGAAGAAGCAGUGGAGCCACCUGACCGAGGAGACGGUGGUGCACCGCGACCGCCUGCACGCCGCCGCCGCCAUCAAACAGUACUUUGCGGACGUGGCGGAGGCCGACUCCUGGCUGGCCGACAGGAAGCCGCUGCUGACCAGCGAGGAUCAUGGGAAGGACGAGUCGAGCACGGCGGCGUUGCUGCAGCGCCACCUGCGGUUGGAAAAGGAGAUGGCGGCGUACGCCUCGGAGAUGAAGAGGAUGACGGAGCAGGCGAGGAGCGCCGCGCAGCUCACGGCUCGGACCGCGGAGCCUCAGCAGAAUAAGAUGAUCCACUACAGCGACUCGUCCGGAGACGAGGACGGUCCAGGAUCGGUGACAUCACCGUCACCUAGAGCUGGGGGCGGGAGGGGCUCUGGGAGCCCCCCCACUCAGAGUGAAGACAACAGGGCCAAGGUCCGCUUCAGAUACAGCAGAGGUCAGUUUCCAUGGGACCGUAAUGAGAUCGUAACCAUCGUCCGCACCGAGCCGGAUGGAGACCGAGUCCUGGCCCGAGACUCCCGAGGAAACCAGCAGCUGGUCCCCAGCACCUACCUCACCCUCCUGCAAGCCGCCGCUCCUCCCCCCAUCCCGCCCGUCUCCACCAAUGGCGCGCCAGAGAGCCCGAGCAGGAAGUUGAGUCGUCCGAGGCGCAGCCGCUCGAUGCGCCGCGGCACGGCAGAGAUCCAGACCGCAUGGCUGCCAGACCCCCAGUACCAGAGAGACACUGUGGAGAGCACGCAGGCCGGCCUAGACCGGGACUACAACUCCCUGUACAACCUGGUCAAGUCGAAGACGCAGCGUCUGCAGGAGACGCUGCGUCUGCAUCGCUUCUACAGCAGCUGCCAGGAGUUUGAGUCGUGGAUGGAGGACAAGGAGAACGUCCUGAACACCUUCAGCACCGACGACCACGCCCUGGGAGGCGUUCAGGCCAAAUACGAGAACUUCCUGACUGAGUUGGCGAGUGGGCGUGGCCAGUUGGAUGACAUCAUCGGCGUGGCGGAGGAGCUGGUGAGGAGCUGGCACAGCAAGCAGAGGGAGGUCCAGGCCAGACGGAGGAGCGUGUCCAACAGGUGGGACCGGAUCCAGCGGCUGAAGGAGGAGAAAGGCCAGGAGCUGCUGAGCACGGCGGACGUGGAGUCCUUCCUGCAGAGCUGCGCCGAGGCCAGAGCUCAGCUGCUCGGCCUGGACGGGGGGGACGGGGGGGACAGGGGGGACGCCGGGGACGGGGGCUGCAGCUCCUUCACCCUGCAGGCCCGGGAGAAGAUCCAGACUCAGACGCUCCGGGACAUCCAGACCCUGGAGGGCAAGAUCGCCUACCUGAAGGAUGUAGCCCGGAUGAAGCAGGACUGCAGUCCCGCCGAGCGGGCCGCCAUCGGGGACGAGGUCCAGGGUCUGGAGGCCCUGCUGCACCAGGUGAAGCGCCAGGCUGCAGACAGACAGCGCCUCCUGGAGGACGCCCGCCGGCUGCAGAGCUUCCAGCACCGGGCCAAGGAGCUGCAGCGCUGGGCCGGCUCGGUGCAGGAGCGCCUCCUGCAGGAGGAGACGGCUGCAGACGUGGCUGCCGCCGUGGCGUUGCUGGGGCAACACCAGGAGCUCCGGCUGGAGAUGGAGGAGCACAGGAGCAGAUGGAAAGACUUGGAGAAAUCGGGGAAGUGUCUUCUGCAGGGCUCGUCCAACGGGAAGACGGGAGGCGUCGACAUCCAACAAACCCUGGACCACCUGAAUGCUGAUUGGUCCGAGCUUGAUCGGCUGUGGACCAGCAGGAAGGAGUGUUUGGAGCAGGGGGUGCAGCUCCAGAGGCUGAACCAGGAGGGAGACCGGAUCGAGGCGGCGCUGUCUGGACACGGAGCCCGACUGAGGGUCCAAGAUGUCGGGGACUCGGUGGACAGUGUCCACAGUCUGCUGGGCCGGCAGGAGGAGCUGGAAGGCCUCCUGAAGGCUUUAGACCAGCGAGUGGACCAGUUCACCCAACGCAGCCAGGAGCUCAUCAACCAGCAGCACUUUGCCGCCAAACACAUCCGUCAGCGGAGCCGCAGCCUCCGGAGAACCAGCAGGACGCUGGAGGACAGCAGCCGGCAGAGGAGGAGUCUUCUGCUGGACUCUAAGAAAUAUCAGGAGUUCCAGAGAGACGCUGAUGAGCUGCUGCUGUGGAUGGAGGAGAAGUUUAAGGUGGCGGAGGACGAGUCGUACCGCGACCCCACCAACAUCCUCCGAAAGCUGAAGAGACACGAGGCGGCGGAGAAGGAGAUGCAGGCCAACCAGGUCUGGCUGGACACUCUGGUCCAGCUGGGGCAGGAUAUGCUUGCUGAAGAGCACUACAACAGCCAGAGCAUCAGCAGGAAGUCAACUCAGCUCAGCAGCCGGUGGAGGAGGCUUCAGGACAAGAUGGCCGACAGAGGAGACAAACUGAGACAGGCGGGACAGCAGGAGCAGCUGAUGGAGCUGCUGCAGGACGCCAGGCUGAAGAUCGAGGCCAUCCAGUGGAUGCUGAACAACGCUGCCAAAGGUCACGACCUCCGCUCCAGCCGACAGCUUCUGAAGGAGCAUCAGCAGCUGGAGCAGGAAGCCAAGGAGCUGGCGGAGAAGAUCAACUCCAUCGUGAGCAGAGCCCAGAACCUGGCCUCCAACCACUUUGACUCCCAGAGGAUCCUCCAGGAGACCGGCACCUACCUCACGCUGUUCAAGUCUCUGCAGAAACCUCUGGACCGGCGCCGAGCCCAGCUGGAGGCGUCGGUGCUGCUCUUUGGUUUCUACCACGACGUGGACCUGGAGCUCAGCUGGAUCUCUGAACACAGUCCCGCCUCUGGAUCCACAGGAUACGACAGGUCUCUGGCUGGAGCCAUCAGCCUCAUGCAGAAACACAAGGAGCUGCAGGCGGAGGUGGUCGCCCACCGAAAACACCUGAACCACGUCCUGGAGAAGGGGCGGGGCCUGGCCACAUCCAGCCAAUCAGACGCAGAGGAGGUGCUCCAGAGGUGA